AUGGUUACAGCUCCGGGAACACGGCGGAGUUGGGUUCCCUCCGCAACCUUCGGGGUAUGGCUCCUAUUUUAUACCUUGAACCACCAUGCUGGCCACGCGCACGAGACUUCGGAGAAAUGGGGUAGCUGGACCUCUGUCGCAGCUGAUGAUAGUGAGCCAGAUGUCGCCGAGUCAUUCAAGCUCCGCCAUUCCACAGUACAGAAGCUCGCCCAGAUAUACUCUAAGAACGAAUACAGCCCUGAUAGCCAACCUAUAUUUGGCAGCACCGAUCAAAACUCCCCUCUAAAUCCACAUGGCAACAAGUUCAAUGCUCGCGCGUGGGCUACAAACAUCUCAAGGGUCACCAGGGAGGCAGGCCAGAGCUUUCGUCAGGUUGGCUUGUGUUUUCAGAACGUCAAUGUCUUCGGCUAUAAUACAUCAGCCGAUUACCAAAAGGAUGUAGCCAAUAUAUGGCUAGCAAUUCCAAACAUGGUUCGGCGUUUCUUGUUUAGCCCCUCAGGUCAGACACAAAUCGACAUUUUGCGCCAGUUUGACGGUAUCAUCCAUCCUGGCGAAAUGUGUAUUGUCCUUGGCCCUCCGGGCUCUGGUUGUUCAACUUUCCUUAAGACUAUCUCAGGAGAAACGAACGGUCUCUACAUUAAAAAUGGCUCAUAUUUCAAUUAUCGCGGUCUUUCAGCAAAAGAGAUGCACACAGCGCAUCGAGGUGAUGCUAUAUACACAGCCGAGACUGACGUACAUUUUCCAAUGUUAACAGUUGGCGAAACAUUGACCUUUGCGUCCCGCGCACGCUGCCCGCAGCAACUGCCUCAGGGCAUUCCUCGUGAUGAAUACUGCGAGCAUUUUCGAGAUGUCAUCAUGGCCAUGUAUGGUAUUAGCCACACCGUCAACACUAAGGUGGGGGACCAGUUCAUUCGGGGAGUCUCAGGGGGAGAACGCAAGCGCGUAACCAUUGCUGAGGCAACUCUGGCCAAUGCUCCAUUUCAGUGCUGGGACAACUCAACCCGCGGACUAGACUCUGCCAACGCUGUCGAAUUCUGCAAAACGCUGCGGCUACAAUCCGAGCUUUUUGGCCAGGCAUGUGCUGUGUCUAUGUACCAGGCUCCACAAAGCGCGUAUGACUUAUUCGACAAAAUUCUACUCAUCUAUAAUGGGCACCAGAUAUACUUUGGGCCUGCAUCCAAAGCUAAGCAAUAUUUUAUCGGCCUUGGGUUUGAGUGUCCAGAACGCCAAACAACCCCUGAUUUCCUCACCUCCAUGACGCUCCCUGUAGAGCGCAUCGCGCGUGCUGGCUUCAUACCCCCACGGACUGCUGAAGAGUUUGUGAAAGCCUGGCGGAAUAGUACGGAGUAUUCCACGCUUCAAACUGAGAUUGAAGAAUACAAGACGCAACAUCUGAUUGAUGGCCAUUAUGCUGAAGAUUUCCGACGACUCAAAAGGUCACAGCAAUCCCGUGGUCAGCGUCUCGGUUCACCAUAUAUCCUGACCUACAUACAGCAGGUUCAUCUUUGUAUGUGGCGCGGGGUGGCACGAUUUAAGGCGGAUCCGUGGCCAGCCAUCUGGGUAAUGGUCGGGAAUAUCAUGAUGGCUCUCAUCAUGUCUUCCUUAUUCUACAACUUACCCAUAAACACAGGCUCCUUCUACGGCCGCUCUGUCGUCCUUUUUAUGGCCAUCUUGUUCAAUUCCUUCUCCUCCAUUCUUGAGGUGAUGACGCUUUAUGCUCAGCGACCAAUUGUGGAAAAGCACACCCGAUAUGCUUUUUACCACCCAUCCGCCGAGUCAUAUUCUUCCGUGCUGGUUGACCUACCCAUUAAAAUUACUAGCACUAUUUCUUUUAACUUGGUGUUUUACUUCAUGACCAACCUCCACCGUACACCUGGGAACUUCUUCUUUUACUUGUUGGUCGUAUUUACCAUCGUUUUGGCCAUGUCUGGUGUAUUCAGGUUCAUCGGUUCGCUAUCCCGGACAGAGCAACAGGCCAUGGUACCAGCUUCAAUAAUGCUGCUUGCUCUACUUAUCUUCACUGGAUUUGUUGUCCCAAUCGACUACAUGCUGCCCUGGUGUCGAUGGAUUAAUUAUCUGAACCCUGUAGCCUAUGGUUAUGAGGCACUUAUGAUCAAUGAGUUUCACGGCCGCGAGUUUCUGUGCACCUCCUAUAUCCCCGACUACACAAAUGCUGCCAUGAAUAAUGUAGCUUGCAACGCCGUGGGUGCUGUUUCCGGUAGCAUGUAUGUGAAUGGAGACCACUACAUCAAUACAGCAUAUAGCUACCACCACAGUCACAAAUGGCGUAAUUUCGGCAUAAUCCUCGUCAUGGCUGUUUUCAACCAUCUCAUAUAUUUUAUUACUAGUGAAUAUGCUCGUGCCAAAAAGUCCAAAGGCGAGGUCCUUGUCUUUCGCCGAGGGUUCAUCCACCGGUCUCCAGCCAAAGGCAGCCAUGAUCCCGAAAAUUUGAUACCCGGGCUAGUACCGGUGAUAGCGUCACCAGAGGGCUACACAUCCGAAGAAAAAGGUGGUUUUCAAGGCUCCACAAGCGUAUUCCACUGGAGCAAUGUAUGUCACGAAAUCAAGAUCAAGAAAGAAACUCGGUGCAUCCUAGAUAACAUUGACGGCUGGGUUAAGCCCGGAACUCUCACAGCCUUAAUGGGUGUUUCUGGAGCAGCUGAUCGUCGCGCGGGCGUUGGUAUCAUUACUGGUGACAUCUUGGUCGAUGGGAAAAUGCGUGACAAUGGCUUUCAGCGCAAAACUGGCUAUGCUCAGCAGCAGGAUCUCCAUUUAGAGACAAGUACCGUUCGAGAGGCAUUGACUUUCUCCGCUCUCCUUCGACAGCCAGGAAAUACCCCGAAGGCUGAGAAGCUCGCAUAUGUUGAUGAAGUUAUCAAGAUGCUAGACAUGCAAGAAUAUGCAGAUGCAGUUGUCGGUGUUCUAGGCGAGGGCCUCAACGUUGAACAACGUAAACGUUUAACUAUUGGUGUCGAAUUAGCCGCAAAGCCACCAGUACUACUCUUUGUCGAUGAACCUACUUCGGGACUUGACUCUCAAACUAGCUGGGCUAUCUUGGACUUACUGGAAAAGCUAUCGAAGGCUGGCCAGUCAAUCCUCUGCACCAUUCAUCAACCAUCCGCAAUGCUAUUUCAGCGGUUCGACCGCCUACUCUUACUUGCAGAGGGAGGCAAACAAGUUUACUUCGGUGACAUCGGUGACAAUUCCCAAAUUCUUAUCGAUUACUUUGAGAGCAAUGGCGCUAUCGCUUGCCCACUCGGUGCCAACCCAGCUGAAUGGAUGCUCGAGGCUAUUGGCGCUGCUCCUGGGAGUUCUUCUGAUAUUGACUGGCAUCAAAUCUGGCGUUCCAGCCCAGAAUAUCGGGCUGUUCAAGAAGAAUUAGCACGACUUAAGGCUAAAGGUUUAGAUCAAUCAUUGGAAGAUGCGCAUAAUUCGGCCUCUUACAAUGAGUUUGCUGCACCGCUAUCGCAACAAUUUCUUGUGGUUACAGAACGCGUUUUCCAGCACACUUGGAGAUCACCCUCCUAUAUCUACUCCAAGCUCUUGCUUUGCAUCACUACUAGCCUAUUUAUCGGCUUAGUCUUUCUUAACGCUCCUCUGACCAUACAAGGGCUUCAAAACCAGAUGUUUGCUAUCUUCGAGAUGAUGAGCGUUGUUGGUCAGCUAGUGGACCAACAAAUACCAAUCUUCGUUUCGCAGCGCGCUUUAUAUGAGGUCCGCGAGCGCCCCGCCAAAACAUACUCCUGGAUAAUCUUUAUGGUCAGUCAGAUUAUCUCCGAAAUUCCUUGGAAUACCCUUGCCUCAGUUCUUAUGUGGGCUUUAUUCUAUUUCCCUGUUGGCCUGUAUAAGAAUGCUGUAACUGCCGGUCAGGGUACCGAGCGAGGGUGGUUAAUGUGGCUAUUGUUCUGGCAGUUCCUGCUUUGGGUUUCCACCUUUGCACAUAUGUGCAUCUCCUUCGUCGGCUCUGCUGAAGAUGGCGGCAACAUUGCAAAUUUUCUCUUUGUUCUUAUUUUCUUCUUCUGCGGCGUUCUAGCUUCGCCCGCGCAAAUGCCUCGAUUCUGGAUAUUCCUGUACCGGGCUUCGCCAUUGUCGUACUGGGUAUCGUCAGUCCUAUCUACCGGCCUAGCUAACGUUGAAGUUUCGUGUGCGAAUAAUGAGUUCAUUCUCAUUAACCCUCCGGAUAGUCAGUCAUGCGGUGAGUACAUGGCUGACUACAUAUCAAGGAUAGGCGGAUACCUAUCGGACCCUCACGCAAUGGACAUCUGUGAAUAUUGCAAGAUCAAGGAUACGAACAUAUUCCUCGAACAUGUGAGCUCAUCAUACGAUACAAGAUGGCGCAAUUUUGGUAUUUUAUGGGUGUACAUUGUGUUUAACAUUGCGGCAGCCAUAGGUCUUUACUGGCUUACAAGGAUUCCAAAGGGACGAAAGAAGCUUAUUGGCGCGUGGACUAUAUCUCUAAUCCUAUUAAAGGAAUCUAAGGAACAUAAUGAUAACACAAACCUCGCGAGAUUUUAUAACUAG